ACUUUCUCACUGGCUGGAGCGGACGGCGGAUAGAUAUGUGUUGAACUGGACUAGUUGACCCUUUGUGAGGGUUAAAGUGCUUAAUUUUUUUAAUCUUUUGAUAGCGUUCAUACCUCUUGGCGCGCCGUCAAAAAUGAUGCGCUUCCUGCUGCUCUUCAGUCGCCAAGGGAGGCUGCGUCUGCAGAAGUGGUUCACGCCCAUGUCAGAGCGGGAGAAGAAGAAGAUCAUAAGGGACAUGACCACCAUGGUGUUGGCACGGCAACCACGCUCCUGUAACUUCCUCCACUGGAAAGACCUUAAGAUUAUUUACAAGAGAUAUGCAAGCCUGUAUUUCUGCUUGGGCGUUGAGAGUCAGGAGAAUGAGCUGCUAGCCCUGGAGGUUAUUCAUCGCUAUGUGGAGCUGCUGGACAAAUACUUUGGCAAUGUUUGUGAGCUGGACAUAAUCUUUAACUUUGAGAAGGCGUAUUUUAUCCUGGAUGAGUUUCUAAUGGGGGGCGAGAUACAAGAAACCUCCAAACAGAUUGUGAAUCGCUCUAUCGAAGCCUCAGACAUGUUACAGGAGGAUGACAACAGUGAGUGGUAUGAGGUGGAGCUGUUUGGAUGACCUUGAAUAUGGACAGAAAGACCAUGGAGGAGUAUAUGAGCAAACCUGCAUUUUAACCCAUGGAAAAGAGACAUAAAGGGAAGGAAUCCAGGAACCAAAUGUACUGUACAUGAGUCAAGGAAGUUUCUGAACAUGGAAAUGGAAUUAACUUUGACUCUACCGAACAUUUUCAAAAAGAAGAAAAAGAACUGGGUGUGCUGAAUGUCUGCUUCCCUUCUACCUUAAGCAUUGCUGCAAUAUAACUUCAUUUGAGAGUAAGUCUAAUAUUUGUUCAUAGUCAUGUGAAGGACGGGGUGGGGGAAAACAUGUUUUUACAUUGAUCGUCAUUAAACUGUAAAUGAAGUACUAAUAGAGGAUCAGGGAUAUGAAAUCAUAACAAUCAAGUGAUAUUAGAUUUACAAAUGUGUUGCAUUGAUACUUAAACCACACAUUUAUAUAAGUUAUUGGAAGCGAAAGGUUUUGUUCUAAAAAUACUAUGGACUGAUUUUAGAAAUAAUUGCGCUACUCUGCAACUCAAUAAAUUUCAGUCUCUAAAACAGCAGAUUUCUGUGGAGUUAAAAUAAUUUGCUUUUAUAAUUUUGAGUGAGACUAAUUGUGAUAAAUUUCAUACUUCUUUUAAUCUGUAUAACAUAUUAUUUACAUGCGGUGAUCAUUAGUCUUAAAAAGAAGCAGUUGCCAGAGUGGGUGUGAAUAUCACUGUUUUUCAUAAUGUCAAAUUUAUGAUAUUGGAGCUUAUGAUUAAAAUGUGUAUUUUGAUAAA